AUUUAAGAAAAACUAUGGCAUUAAAUUUUUAAAGAUUUGUAUCGAUAAAGCAUCUGCUAAUCACAAAGCAGCAGGUUUGCCAAGGUCAUCACUGAUGAAAGCCUGACACCAGAACAAGUCUGUAAUGCCCAGGAAACAUCACCGUUUUGGUGCUAUUGUCCCAGAAAGACACUGACCACUGCGGAUCAGACAGUCCCAAUGGGAAUGAAGGAAGCCCAGGACGGAACUGUGCUGGGUUGUGCUGAUGUGACAGGCACACAUAAGCCCAAACUGCUGUGACAGGCAAAGGCUGCCUUUUCAAGGAGUGGUCUUCUACCAGUUCAUUAUUGUCCUAACCUAAGACGUGAAUUACCAGGGAUGACUUUCUUCUUUCUUCUUCCUCUUCCUCCUCCUCCUCCUCUUCCUCCUCUUCCUCCUCCUCUUCCUCUUCCUCCUCUUCCUCCUCCUCCUCUUCCUCCUCCUUUUCCUCCUCUUCCUCCUCCUCUUCCUCCUCCUCCUCUUCCUCCUCCUCCUCCUUCUUCCUUCUCCUCCUUCUUCCUCCUCCUCCUUCUUCCUCCUCCUCCUUCUUCCUCCUCCUCCUCCUUCUUCCUCCUCCUCCUUCUUCCUCCUUCUUUCUUCUUCCUCCUCCUCUUCCUCCUUCUCCUCCUUCUUCCUCCUCCUCCUUCUUCUUCCUCCUUCUUUCUUCUUUCUUCUUCCUCCUCCUCCUCCUCUUCCUCCUCCUCCUCUUCCUCCUCCUCCUCUUCCUCCUCCUCCUCCCCCUCCUCCUCCCCCUCCUCCUCCUCCUCCCCCUCCUCCUCCUCUUCCUCCUCUUCUUCCCCCUCCUCCUCCUUCUUCCUCCUCCUCCUUCUUCUUCCUCCUUCUUUCUUCUUUCUUCUUCCCCCUCCUCCUCCUCUUCCUCCUCUUCUUCCCCCUCCUCCUCCUUCUUCCUCCUCCUCCUUCUUCUUCCUCCUUCUUUCUUCUUUCUUCUUCCUCCUCCUCCUCCUCUUCCUCCUCCUCUUCCUCCUCCUCCUCCUCUUCCUCCUCCUCCUCCUCUUCCUCCUCUUCCUCCUCCUUCUUCCUCCUUCUUUCUUCUUCCUCCUCCUCUUCCUCCUUCUCCUCCUUCUUCCUCCUCCUCCUUCUUCUUCCUCCUUCUUUCUUCUUUCUUCUUCCUCCUCCUCCUCCUCUUCCUCCUCCUCCUUUUCCUCUUCCUCCUCCUCUUCCUCCUCUUUCUCCUCCUCCUCCUCUUCUUCCUCCUCCUUCUUCCUCCUCCUCCUCUUCCUCCUCCUCCUCCUCUUCCUCCUCCUCCUCCCCCUCCUCCUCCUCUUCCUCCUCCUCCUCCCCCUCCUCCUCCUCUUCCUCCUCUUCUUCCCCCUCCUCCUCCUCUUCCUCCUCCUCCUCCUCUUCCUCCUCCUCCUCCUCUUCCUCCUCCUCCUCUUCCUCCUCCUCCUCCUCUUCCUCCUCUUCCUCCUCCUUCUUCCUCCUUCUUUCUUCUUCUUCUCCUUCUUCUUUUGAGGUGGAGUUUCACUUAUUGCCCAGACUUGAGUGCAAUGGCGCGAUCUUGGCUCACCACAACCUCCACCUCCCGGGUUCAAGCAAUUCUCCUCCCUCAGCCUCCUGAGUAGCUGGGAUCACAGGCAUAUGCCACCAUGCCCAGCUAAUUUUUUGUAUUUUUAGCAGAGGGAAGGAUGGCAGAUGGAGCCAGGCAGAGGGGAAGAUGGAUGGCAUAAAGAGCCAGGCAGAGGGGAGGAUGGCAUACAGAGCCAGGCAGAGGGGAGGAUGGCAGACAGAGCCAGGCAGAGGGGAGGAUGGCAGACAGAGCCAGGCAGAGGGGAGGAUGGCAGAUGAGCUAGGCAGAGGGGAAGAUGACAGACAGAGCUAGGCAGAGGGGAGGAUGGUAGACUGAGACAUCAGAAAGAGGAGAGCUGUGGCUCAGGUUAAGGGAUUCUUUUGUGUGUUAGAAUCUUAAAUUUUUAAAGAGAGAUAUUCAUAUGACAUACAAUUCACCAUGUUACUUGAUUUUAUUUUAUUUUUAUUUUUUGUGACAGGGUCUCACUGUUGCCCAGGCUGGAGCACAGUGGAAUCAUUACAGCUCACUAUAGCCUAGACCUCCUGGGCUCAAAUCCUCCCACCUCAGCCUCUCAAGUAGCUGGACUACAGGGACAUACCACCACGCCAAGAUGAUUUUUGUACUUUUUGUAGAGAUGGGUUUCUCCAUGUUGCCCAGGCUGGUCUCAAACUCCUGGAUUCAAGAGAUCCUCCCACCGUGGCCUCCCAAAGUGCAGGGAUUACAGGCUGGAGUCCAGUGGCAUGAUCUCAGCUCACUGCAACCUCUGCUUCCCGGGUUCAAGCCGUUCUCCUGCCCCAGCCUUCUGAGUAGCUGGAACUGCAGACAUAAUGACCGGAGCUCCAGCAGUAACACUGGUCCAUGAGGACUCUUGAAAGUGGAAGCCACAAGCCAUCCACAGAGUAGGAACAAGAUGGAAAGAGGACGAGUCUCUGACACCAGAAGGACUAAACCAGCUGGGGCUGUUUUUCUUAGAAUUUACUGAAUGUGAAGGAGAACCUCUAUGUUGUUUGUCAUUAUUUUUGGUUUUUCUCUAACAACUAAUUUUUUUUUUAAGAGACCAAGUCUCCCUAUGUUUCCCAGGCUGGUCUUGAACUCCUGGGCUCAAGGGAUUCUCCUCAUUUUGGCCUCCCAACUUUCUGGGAUUACAGGCAUGAGCCACCACGCCAGGCCCUGACAACUAACUUUUCUCCUGACAAUAUGUCUAAAAGGAGAAACUACAUUUCCAAUAGGCUUGGGUUUUUUCCCUUGUAGAUUUCUUCUGUAUUAGCUAUAGUGUUUUUAUUUCCCUGAUGGAAGGAAAAACAUAUAGUAUAUUAUUUAUUUUCAUCAAUUUUAACCUACUAGUAAGCCUAUCCCCACAUCCUCAUUACAUUUUUGUGAUUUAAAAUAAAUUUCAUUAUGUUA